CUGUUGUGUUUGUGGGCUAGAGACGCUUCAGUUUACGGUCUCAACGAUAAGCAAUGAAGGAAGUGACGGUAUACAGACCUAUAAUAAGAGUCAAAAUUAUGCAACGAUUCCAUCCAACCUUCGGAACUGGAACUAUCGAAACUGUCGAAGGGGCGCAUACUGAAUGUGGAGAUUGGGAGGGAAAAUUAAUUCUCAUAACAGGAUCGCGGCUCUAUUUAAUGAUAUUAGGUUUGUUAUACCUUCUUUGCCUCUGUGGGGGCACGCCUCGAUGAGGACACGCGUCGAAGGUAUCAAGCGCUCAAAUCCGGAUUUAAUCUGGAUUAACUCUUCUAUGACUCUGGCUAACUCAUGCCUUCCGCGCUUCCGUCUUGAGUACCAAUCAAUCAAGUUCAUCCCUCCAAAAGUACUCAAGGACAUGCACUGGCAGAGCUAUUAUAAUGUAGAGGCAAAAGUUUGGGUUGUUCAAGUGCCUAUCACAGCUUAUCAUCACUGUCAUAUGGAAAAAUACACAAUUAAAGUCUACAUCUGGACGGGAUCACAAUAUAAUUGAUAUUUCAACAACGUGUCUACCUUGUUCCACAUCGAAUACAAGCACUUCGUAAAAGGUGACAGACGGCUUGUUACAUAUGUCCAAUGACUUCUGUGGGCUUGUACGGUUCUUCCAAGAACUUCAUCUCCUCAGCAUCCAGGACGACGUGUGUUCCGGCUAC